UGCGAGUAUAUAAAUAGAUAGCGAGGGAGAGGAGAAGGGAGGGGAGAGCAAGAGAAGGUUGUGGCCGGGAUGGCGGUGGAUGGAGAGGCAGGUGAAGGAGGAUACAAGCCAUGGUGGGCGAUUGACAAGCAAGCAUGGCGGGAAGUGUUCAGCAUCUAUUACAAAAUCAAGAGUGUCAAUCAAGAUCUGGAGCCAUUGCCAGCGUGGACGAUUGCCGACGUGGCAGAAUUUGCCGAGGAGGACCCGGUUCAUGGUCCCCAGGUUCAGAAUCUUCAGAAGGCGGCGACCGCUGCAGCGGUCGCUGCGGCAGUCGGCGGCACCGCCUCCCUUGCGUUCAUACUUAGGCAGAGCAGGAACGUACCCGCGGCGGCAGUUGGGCUAGUCGGAGGCGCAGCCGUAAGCUGGGCGCUCGCGGAAGAGAUUGCUAAUUAUUCUCUCGGCUUGUUCAAAUUCGAGGGCAUGGAUGCAAAUCUGAAGUUCCUCGAAUGGAGGAGGAGAAAAGCCCAACAACUCGGUUCCAAUCACUGAGGCAUCAACCGAUCUACCCUUCGUCACCUGGAUGGGAUCUUCGUCACGAUUCAUCAUCAUCCAUCAUCAUCAUCGUCCCCUCAUCCUCAUCAGGAUUCUCGCCAUCAUCGUACAGUAUGUAAUCCCUUUUCGCGAGAACUGUGUCCACAGUCGUUUCCGGCAGUGUGGUUGACAUCCACAGUAAUUUCUGGCAGUAUGGUUGACGUCAACAGUUACGGUAAUUCUGGCAGUGCGGUUGACGUCAACAGUAACUCCGGGCAGUACGGUUGAUGUCCACAGUAGUGUUUUUUUUUUCUUUUUUUUUCUUUUCUUUUCUUUGCUUUUCUUUUCUUUUCUUCCGGCAGUACGGUUGCUGGCGUGCUCAGUCAUCCGCCGAUGCGAUUCUCACGGCAGCAGCUACUGUUGAUGUUUGACGUCAACAGUAAUUCCUUCCGGCAGUUGCUCACUAUUGUGAACAACAUGGAGACAGCAACACCUUCGUCAUCAUCAUCAUCAUCAUCAUCAUCAUCAUCAUCAUCAUCAUCGUCAUUGAUCAUCAUCGUCAUCGUCAUUGAUCAUCAUAAGAGAGCAUCAGCAUCAUGUGGUCAUUAGCAGCUGCGGCAGCGGCAGCAGCAGCAGCAGCAGCAGCAGCAGCAAGUAAUCUAACGGUAGCGAACGUCGUGCUCGAUGAACCAGCUAGAUCAGCCAAUAAAUCAGCCAAUGAAUGAAUGAAUGAAUGAAUGAAUGAAUGAAUGGGUCAGCCAUAUCCAUCAAUUACAGAAUAGCCAACCAAUGCGUCGAUCCUUCAGCCAACCCGUCAACUGCCUAAAACAUGAAGUUUCGUCCCUCUUCCUCCUUGUCUUCCCUUGGUGUAGUUUCUCACGACAAUUUCCUCCAUGCCGCUGUGUUGCGUCACUCUGCACACACACACACACACACACACACACACACACACACACACACACACACACACACACACAGAGAGCGAAAGAUGUGGCUUCGCUUGUGGGGCGGGUGAAUUGCGGCGUGGCGAAAGAGGAACAAUUCUGUAAUUCUGGACGGCACAGGCCUGCUGGCUGAGGUCGGCGCUUGUUUCUUGGGAGUUGUGCUGUUGCGCGCCAUCUCUUACUAGCUAUUUGAGGAAGCUGUCGGGUUUCUGCCGUUGUAGUUUUUUUUUUGUUUUUUUUUUGGGUUUCUUUCUAUAUGCCCGUGUAUUCAUCAUUUCUCUUGGAAUGGGUAGAGAGAGCACAUCUGCUCUUUGCUCCGAGUGGCAAAGCUGCUGCUCACCUGAUUCCCAUUGGGAACGAUUAGGAUUCGUCCUUAAACCUGUUAUCUUUUACUUCCCUUCUCCUCCUGCCCCCCCCUUCCUCUCUCCGCUUCCCGUCCCCUUUCCUCUCCUUUGGUAAAUUCUUCCCUUCAUUGAUAUUAACUGCUGUCCAGUGAAGUGAGAAUUUACCCUUUUACCCUUUUACCCUUUGGUAAAUUCUCACCUUUGUCCUUACAAUAUCUAUGCUGGUCUGUUAUGGCGACAUGAGAGGUCAGUCUUUAUGAUCCGACUCUUUAGCCAUCUCUUCCGUCUGAAGACUGAGCAACGAAGUGGUGGAACGGAAUGGAUGGGUGGUACACACCUGGAACAGAAUGGAUGGAUGGUACACACCUGGAACAGAAUGGAUGGGUGGUACACACCUGGAACAGAAUGGAUGGAUGGUACACACCUGGAACAGAAUGGAUGGAUGGUACUCACUUGGAACAAAAUGGAUGGAUGGUA